AUGGUUAAAAAUCCUUUUCAACAAAAUAAAUUUUCGCGAAAUACUAAUUGUGCUGAGAUUACAAACCAAUUUGGUAACUAUUCCCAAGCAGAGUUAGAAGAAAGAUUAGAAAAAGUGAGCCUAGCCGGGCGGAUAAUGCGGAUACGAAAUUUCGGAAAUCUCCUUUUUGCUAAUUUGACCGACCAGACGGGUAUUAUUCAGUUAAAAGUUAGCAAAAAUAAAGAAUUUGCCGAAUUAGAUAUCGGUGAUAUUGUUGGGGCAAAAGGAAAUAUUUGUAAAACUGAUAAAGGAGAAUUAAGUGUAGAAGUUCAAGAAUUUAUUUUAUUAAGUAAGUGUUUAAGACCACUUCCUGAUACUCAUUACGGUUUUCAUGACCUCGAAGAAAGAUUUCGUAAACGCUAUUUAGAUUUUAUUAUUAAUUAUGAAAAAAGAGAAAUUUUGCUUGUUCGUCAUAAAAUAGUCCAAAAUAUUCGUCAGUUUUUGGACCAAAAAAAUUUUGUUGAAAUAGAGACUCCCAUUUUAGUUUCCGAAGCCUCCGGAGCUCAGGCCAAGCCUUUCAUUACUCACCACAAUAAACUGCAAAGGGACUUUUAUUUGCGAAUUGCUACCGAAAUCCCUUUGAAAAAACUGCUCGUGGGAGGGUUUGAGAAAGUUUAUGAAAUUGGUCGGAUAUUUCGCAAUGAGGGAAUAGAUGCUCGGCAUAAUCCCGAGUUCACCACUAUUGAAAUUUACCAGGCUUACGAAAAUGCUGAAUACAUGAUGGACUUGACAGAAAAAAUAUUUCACCACUUAUCCCAACAAGUCCUUAAAAAAGAGGAAAUUGAAUUUAAUUCUCAUGUUAUCAAUCUUAAAAAAUCUUUUCGCAAGAUUUCCAUGAAAGAAGCAGUUAGGGAAUAUACAGGAAUAGAUUUUGAGAAAACAAACAAUUUAGAAAAAGCCUUAGAAUUGGCUCAAAAACACAACUUAAAGUUAGAAAAUUUUCAAAAAACUAUUGGGCAUGUUAUUUUAGCCUUUUUUGAAGAAUUUGUGGAAAAAAAACUAAUUCAACCUACUUUUGUCUAUGAUUAUCCAAUUGAAGUUUCCCCACUAGCCAAAAGUAAAAAUGAUAACCAAAAUAUUGCUGAUAGAUUUGAAUUAUAUAUCGGUGGGUUAGAAUUCGCUAAUGGAUAUAGCGAAUUAAAUGACCCCAUUGAACAAAAAAAAAGAUUUGAAGAACAGACUAAGCAAAAAGAAUUAGGGAAUGAAGAAAUUGCUAGUUUCGAUAAAGAAUUUGUUGAAGCAUUAGAAUACGGCAUGCCGCCUGCCGGAGGGUUAGGAAUUGGGAUAGAUAGAUUAGUAAUGUUAUUUACCGCAGAAACAUUAAAGGAAGGAUAUAUAAUUGAUUAUAUUUCGGGGUCAAAUGUAAAAGCUACAGCAGAAGAAAUCGAAGCCGUUCAAGUAUUUUCUAAACAAUUGGUUGAAGAUUAUGACUAUCCAAAAGAUCACAUACAAACAAGACCACAAUUUAGAGUAAAAAGAAUUCCAUCUGAUGAAAAAAAGGAAUAUCCUGUCGAUAUAGCAGUGUUUUCAAACAACAAAAAACAAGAAGACGAUGUUUAUAUUAUAGUUGAAUGCAAAAAGAAAAACAGAAAAGAUGGAAAAACGCAACUUCAAAAUUAUUUAACAUUUUCCAAAGCAGUUUUGGGAGUGUGGUUUAAUGGAAAUGAAAGAAUAUUUUUAAAGAAAAUUGAAAGAAGUGGUAGAGUUGAAUUUGAAGAAAUUCCAAAUAUUCCACAAUUUGGACAAAGAAUUGAAGAUGUUGGAAAAUUUAGAAGAAAAGAUCUUAAGUCUACUCACAAUCUCAAAGCAACUUUCAAAGCAAUUAAAAAUCAUUUAGCCGCUAAUAGUGUAGGAGCUACACGAGAUGAAGCUUUAACAAACCAAUUAAUAAACCUAAUUUUUUGCAAAAUCUUUGACGAAAAAUUUACUAAACAAGAAGAUGAUGUUACUUUUAGAGCCGGUGUUGAUGAAAAUCCAACAGAAGUCAAAG